AUGGGUCGCAAGCUUGGCCUCUUUCGCGCUGCCUACCUGGUCUCGGCCAGCUGCAUGGGCUCGUUUGCUUUCGCCUUCGACACUGGUGUGAUCAGUGGUGUCCUCUCACUCGAAUCAUUCCAGAAAGAUUUCGGAUACACCAAAGCCCAAAAGACCAAUGUCAACUCCAACGCCGUCUCCAUUCUCCAAGCGGGCGCCUUUUUCGGCUGCUUCUUCGUCUCCCCCAUUGCCAAGUUCUUCGGCCGCCGCACUGGCUUGAUUAUCAGCUCUCUUGUCUUUACCGUCGGUACCAUCCUACAGGUAAUCAACUCCGGCUCUCUGGGUACAUUCUAUGCCGGGCGCGUGAUUGCAGGUCUGGGCAUCGGCGCCGCCACGGUGCUGAUCCCGAUGUAUUCGGCGGAGAUGUCGCCGAAGGAGAUUCGCGGUCGUCUGGGGGCGUGUUUCCAACUGUUCUUUGCUAUAGGCGUCAUGAUCGCUUAUUGGGUAACGUAUGCGGUUGAUAAAGAUCAGUCCCCGGGGACGAAUCAGUGGCAGACGGCAUUGGGACUGCAGCUUAUCGGGUCGACACUCUUGCUGGGCGGGAUGUGCACGGUCAAAGAGAGCGCGCGUUGGCUUGCCGCUCGAGGGAAGCUGGAUAAGGCACGGGAGUCGUUGAAAUGGGUGCGUGGAGGUGAGGAGACGGAGGAGCUGCAGAAGGAGUUCGAUGAGAUUCUCGCCGGUAUUGAGGAAGAGGCUCGUGUCAAGGAGAAUCUUACGUUUAAGGAGCUACUACUGCCGGUGAAUCGGUACCGUCUCUUCAUUGCCGUUACUAUCCAGCUCUCUGCCCAGCUUACUGGGAAUACCUCGCUGGCGUACUAUGCGACGCAGAUUUUCAGCUCUGUCGGGGCUGGCAGCGCCGCCAAGUUAGUGACUGGAUUCUUCGGCCUCGUCAAGGUGUGCGGUGUGACAGUCUUCCAGCUUUUUGUCCUGGAUAGAAUAGGACGCCGGGUUCCGUUUAUGGUAGGCGCCUUUGCCAUGGGCUCCUUUAUGCUCAUCAUCGCAUGUAUCCUGGCGACACACCCAGCGAACAACAAUAGCACCUCCUCGGGUCCUAGCUCUGCGGGCAUUGCGUGUAUCAUCAUGACUUACGCGGAGGCAUUCAGCUACAACAUGUCCUGGGGCCCGCUACCCUGGCUCUAUGUCGGAGAGAUUUUCUCCAGUCGUACUCGCGAGUUGGGUGUCACGGUGGGAGCGGCGUCGCAGUGGCUGUUCAAUUUCAUGAUGUCGCAGGUCACGCCGCACGCGAUCAACAAUAUUGGUUGGCGCAUGUUCUUGAUGUUUGCAAUCUUCAACUACGCCAUUAUUGUGUACUCAUGGCUCGUUCUCAAAGAGACAUCGCGACACUCGCUGGAGGAGAUGCAGGAGGUCUUUGGGGGCGGCCCAAGGGAGGAGAAGCAUAUUGAGAGUGCCGAGCACCAAGAGCACAUUGAAUCAGUUUCGAAGGAGGCCAAAGUGGGAUCUUAA